AACUUCAGUGAACAGGUUGUUAGCUGUGGUGAACGUAAUUCAGUGUGUCUACAGUGUUGCAUUUCAGCAUACAAGUUAUAGUGUUUCAUUUUGUAACAGAGUGAACACUAUCUGGACACUACCGUUAUUUAGAACGUAGAGAAAAGUGAACAGUUUUGAGCAGCGAAGGUGUUGGAAGCACUGAACAACGAGUGAACAGCGAAGGUGUUGGAAACAUUGAACAACGAGUGAACAGCGAAGGUGUUGGAAACAUUGAACAACGAGUGAACAGCGAAGGUGUUGGAAACAUUGAACAACGAGUGAACAGCGAAGGUGUUGGGAGCACUGAACAACGAGUGAACAGCGAAGGUGUUAGAAACAUUGAACAACGAGUGAACAGCGAAGGUGUUAGAAACAUUGAACAACGAGUGAACAGAGAAGAUCUUUGGUGCACUGAACUUCUCACCUAACUCUCGUCACUUCUUAACACCUUGCUGAACAAACAUAUGAACAGCUAACUUUAAAACACCCGAGCAACUAAUUCUUUGAACUCUGAAAUGAACACGAGGAACUGGUUCAAAAUAUGGGAAUUGCCUAAAUCAUCAAAAUACAUUGAAUUAAAAUGUAAAAUAAAAUAAUGAAUGACAAAUUUAUACGUGUAUAACAGAUAAAUUUUGUGUAGAUCAUAAAUAUUAACCAAAUGUACCUCGUGACGUCAUCGUUGUUUACAUUUUUGCGGGGCAAUAAUUGUUAUCACUCGCCAGAUAACAUUGAUAAUUAUUGCACAAACAUAGUCAUAUAAACAAUUUAUAUAAAGGUAAUAGACAGUAGGGUAGAAAAUACAAUAUAUUAGUGUACAGUAGGAAAAACAGAAGAGCUGGGAGCUUGAGAAAGAAGAGAAAAAAGAAAAGAAAGAAGAAGCAGCGGGAACUGUGGCUAAUGGCCGCCGCUACACGCAUCUCGUUUGUCAUUUGUCUCAUCCUUUUGUGUCCUGGUCUAGCGUUGCACCGCCGAGGAGGAGGAAGUAGAGGAAGAGGCAGAGGAGGAAGAGGAGAAGAAGGAGGAGUAGCAGGAGGUGCGAUGGGCGUGGGAGGAGCGUGGUGGCUAGCACCACCACGCCCAUACUUCACCACCACCACGCCCACCAACUUCACUGUCAUCUCCGGCCAGACGGCCUACCUGCCCUGCCGCGUCCACAUGCUGGGGGAGAGAUCGGUGACGUGGAUGAGGGGUAGAGACCUACACAUCCUCACAGUAGGUGACCUCACCUACUCCGCUGACGACAGGUUCCAGGUGCUUCACACACCAGAGACAGAUGACUGGACAUUACAAGUGCUCUUCACCAGGCCUUGGGACACUGGCACUUACAAGUGCCAAGUUAACUCUCAUCCCAAGAUCUUCAGAGACGUUCAUCUUAGCGUCAUGGAUAAGCAUCAGCUGGAUCACCACAUGUACAGAGUGCCGCCUUCUGAUCCCGACCAAGGUAAGUUUACCUCACAGUUUCUGUGUAACAGUCUAGCUCACUCUCUGACUGUGUGA